AUGGCCAAGUCACACCUGCUGCCGUGGCUGCUGCUGCUCUCCACACUCUGUGGCCCAGGCGCUGCUGACCGGACCGCCUCAUCUCUGACUUGUGCCCGGGGCCCUGAGUUCUGGUGCCAAAGCCUGGAGCAAGCCUUGCAGUGUAGAGCGCUGGGGCACUGCCUACAGGAAGUCUGGGGUUACAUAAGAGCUGAUGACCUGUGCCAGGAAUGUGAGGACAUCGUCCGCAUCCUCACCAAGAUGACCAAGGAGGCCAUUUUACAGGACUCAAUACGGAAAUUCUUGGAGCGUGAGUGUGAUGUUCUCCCCUUGAAGCUGCUCGUGCCCCAGUGCCAUCACAUGCUCGACACCUACUUCCCAGUGGUCAUCGACUAUUUCCAGAACCAGAUUAACCCAAAGGUCAUCUGCAAGUACCUGGGCCUGUGCAGACCUGAGCGUCCGGAGCCAGGGCAAGAGCCAGAGCUGUCAGACCCCCUGCUGGACAAGCUGACCCUCCCCGUGCUGCCCAGAGCCCUCCAGGCGAGGCCUGGGCCUCAUACACAGGACCUCAUGGAGCAGCGGUUCCCCAUCCCCCUCCCCUUCUGCUGGCUCUGCAGGAUGCUGAUCAAGCGAAUCCAAGCCGUGAUUCCCAAGGGUGUGCUGGCCAUGACCGUGGGCCAGGUGUGUCACAUUGUACCCCUGGUGGUGGGGGGCAUCUGCCAGUGCCUGGCCGAGCGCUACACCGUCCUCCUGCUGGACGCACUGCUGGGCCGCGUGCUGCCCCAGCUGGUCUGUGGCCUCGUCCUCCGCUGCUCCAACGAGGACGCCGCUGGCCCAGGUGAGCCUUCCCUGCCUGGAGAAUGGCUACCUGAAGAGUCCACGUGCCACCUCUGCAUGUUUGUAACCAGCCAGGCAGGGAACAGCAGUGGGCCGGCCAUGCUGCAGGCAAUACGCCAGGCCUGCCUCAGCUCCUGGCCGGACAGGCAAAAGUGUGAACAAUUUGUGGAGCAGCACAUGUCCCAGCUGCAGACCCUAGUGUCCAGGGGUGGGGAUGCCCACACCACCUGCCAGGUCCUGGGGGCGUGUGGGACUACGUCCAGUCCUCUCCAGUGCAUCCACGUUCCUCACUUCUGAUGAGAACUCAAAGCCAUGCCAGGCCACAGCUCAAGGCUCCUGAGGGUCGCUGACGACACCACUUCAAGAAUGGCCUCUCUCACACCCUCUCCUCAGAAUCCUUGCUGCUGGUG